UCUGUUUAAAUUACAUUCCACCAUGCAGCUACGCGUGGGUCUUUUUUUCUCGGGGUUUGGUAACAAUGGUAAAUUCCCAUGGAACAAUGACUUUUCCCAGAAGCCUUUCUACGUCGGGGUGGAGUUGUUGGGAGUUGUCGAGUGACGUUUGUUGUCAAUUUUUUCAGCUGUGACAAAUUAUUGUGAAGACUAUAACAAAAACCAGCAAUGGCUACCGACAAGGUAACAUUGGCUGAUGCUUUAUCAAACGUCGAUGUACUCGACGAAUUUACCCUGCCUGAUGAGCAGCCUUGCAUUGAAGCCCAACCCUGCUCUGUUGUUUAUCAAGCUAAUUUUGAUACAAAUUUCGAAGACAGAAAUGGAUUCGUCACUGGUAUUGCCAAGUAUAUUGAAGAGGCAACUGUACAUGCUAGUUUGAACGAACUCCUCGAAGAAGGUCUAGAACAUGCGGUAAUGUUAUAUACCUGGAGAUGUUGUUCUCGAGCAAUUCCUCAACCAAAAUCCAAUGAGCAGCCAAAUCGUGUUGAAAUAUAUGAGAAAACAGUUGAGGUCUUAGCACCCGAAGUUAACAAGUUGUUGAACUUCAUGUAUUUUCAAAGAAAAGCUAUUGAGAGGUUUUCUGCUGAAGUUAAGCGCUUGUGUCACCAUGAGAAACGAAAGGAUUUUGUCUCUGAAGCGUACUUACUAACUCUUGGAAAAUUCAUCAAUAUGUUUGCUGUUCUUGAUGAAUUAAAAAAUAUGAAAUCGAGUGUUAAGAAUGAUUAUUCGACAUACCGAAGAGCUGCUCAGUUUUUGAAAGUAAUGACUGAUUCACAAACUCUUCAAGAGUCUCAGAAUUUGUCAUUGUUUCUGGCAACGCAAAAUAAAAUUCGUGACACGGUCAAAGAAAAUCUAGAGAAAAUUGCUGGGUAUGAAGAGCUUCUAGCAGAUGUAGUCAAUAUUUGUGUUCACAUGUUCGAAACGAAGAUGUAUUUAACACCAAAUGAGAAGCACAUGCUUGUUAAGGUCAUGGGCUUUGGGUUAUUUCUGAUGGACAGUGACUUGUGUAACAUUAAUAAGUUGGAUCAAAAAAAGAAAUUGAAACUAGACAGGAUUGAUAGAAUAUUUAAAAACCUGGAGGUUGUACCACUUUUUGGAGAUAUGCAAAUUGCUCCCUUCAAUUACAUCAAACGGUCGAAACACUUUGACUCUUCAAAAUGGCCACUUUCGUCUUCUUCUAAUAGUAUGAGCCCGCAAGCAGAUCUUAUGGUACAUCUUCCUCAAAUCAGAGAAGAUCACGUCAAAUAUAUCAGCGAAUUGGCCAGGUACAGUAACGAAGUAACAACAACGUAUAAGGAGUGUGGAAGUGAUGGGGAAAACAGAGAAACAGCUGAAUUGGCAUUGCGAGGAUUACAACUGCUAUCACAGUGGACCAGCGUUGUCACAGAACUGUAUAGCUGGAAAUUACUUCAUCCCACGGACCAUCACAUGAAUAAAGAAUGUCCACAAGAAGCUGAAGAGUAUGAACGGGCAACCCGAUACAAUUACACAGAUGAAGAAAAGUUUGCUCUGAUUGAAGUUAUAGCCAUGAUCAAGGGCCUGCAAGUUCUGAUGGCUCGUAUGGAAACUGUCUUUAUUGAUGCUAUACGCAGAAAUAUUUAUGCUGAACUACAGGACUUUGUACAAUUGAUUUUAAGAGAACCGCUCAGAAAAGCUACCAAAAAUAAAAAAGAUUUGAUUCGAAGUAUAAUUGUAUCGGUCCGGGAGACUUGUGCAGAUUGGCAAAAAGGUGUCGAACCUGUAGCAGACCCAGCUUUGAAAGGCAAAAAAGAUCCAGACAAUGGUUUUGUCAUUAAAGUUCCAAGGAGAAAUGUUGGUCCAUCAUCGACUCAAUUGUACAUGGUACGUACGAUGUUAGAAUCUCUAAUAGCAGAUAAGAGCGGUGGUAAGAGAACACUGAGAAAGGAUAUAGAUGGGCAAUAUCUUGUGCAGAUUGAUCAAUUCCAUAAAACUAGUUUUUACUGGAAUUACUUGCUUAGUUUUAGCGAGUCGUUGCAGAACUGCUGUGAUCUAUCACAACUUUGGUACCGUGAAUUCUACCUUGAGAUGACCAUGGGCCGGAGGAUUCAGAAAUGCCAAGUGCGUCAUCAGCAUAAUGAAGAAUGCAGCGACUUGAUCACCAUGGAGAAACGCAUUCAGUUCCCGAUUGAAAUGUCAAUGCCAUGGAUCCUGACUGACCAUAUUCUUAGAAGCAAAGAGCCUUCAAUGAUGGAGUUCGUAUUGUACCCUUUAGAUCUGUACAACGACAGUGCAUUGUACGCGUUAACAAUAUUCCGAAAGCAAUUCCUUUAUGAUGAAGUUGAGGCAGAAGUGAACUUAUGCUUUGACCAAUUCGUCUAUAAGCUAAGUGAACAGAUUUUCGCUCAUUACAAACAAUUGGCGGCCAGCAUUUUACUUGACAAGAGAUUUCGCGUUGAAUGCGUUGCUCUCGGGGCUUACUUGCUGCCAUAUCCUCGAGCAAACAGAUAUGAAACAUUAUUGAAACAACGGCAUGUACAACUGUUGGGAAGAAGCAUCGAUCUAAAUAAAUUGAUCACUCAACGAAUCAAUGCUGAUAUGCAAAAAUCUUUAGAUUUGGCUGUUAGCAAAUUCGAAUCUGGUGAUAUUACAGGUGUUGUGGAAUUAGAAGGUUUGCUACAAGUCAACCGCCUCACUCAUAAACUUUUGAGCAAAUGGUUGGCAUUGGAUGAAUAUGAUGCAAUGUUCAGAGAAGCUAAUCACAACGUUCUUGCGCCAUAUGGUAGAAUUACUCUUCACGUAUUCUGGGAGUUAAAUUAUGACUUCUUGCCAAAUUACUGUUACAAUGCUGCCACAAAUAGAUUUGUCAAAUGUCGAGGUCUUCAAUUUGCACAACCAGUGCACAGAGAUAAGCCACCUAUGAUGUCUUACCAUUACUUAUGGGGAAGUAAACAAUUAAAUCUUGCGUAUAGCACUCAGUAUGGACAAUACACGGGCUUUGUUGGUUCAUACCACUUUCGUACGAUGUGCAAACUUCUUGGAUAUCAAGGGAUCGCUGUAGUCAUGGAGGAAUUAUUAAAAAUUGUGAAAUCUCUCAUCCAAGGAAACCUGCUGCAGUUUACAAAGACAUUAAUGGAAGCAAUGCCAAAAGUGUGUAAACUCCCAAGAUAUGAUUACGGAUCUCCAGGUGUUUUAGGCUACUACCAUGCCCAGUUGAACGAUAUUGUUCAGUAUCCUGAUGCAAAGACUGAACUGUUUCACAACUUCCGCGAAUUUGGCAACACCAUAUUAUUCUGUCUAUUAAUGGAGCAAGCUUUGUCACAAGAAGAAGUUUGCGACUUGCUCCAUGCGGCACCAUUUCAAAACAUAUUACCUCGUCCAUAUUGCAAAGAUGGUGAGAAACCAGAAACUAAACAAAAACGUUUGGAAGCAAAGUAUGCAGCUCUACAAAUUGUCCCUAACGUUGAAGAGCUUGGAACUGCUAAGCAAGCAAUGAUUGCAAAAGAAGGGGAUUUACUAACAAGGGAGCGACUCUGUUGCGGUUUGUCAAUUUUCGAAGUGGUACUUAGUCGACUACGCAGCUUUCUGGAUGAUCCUAUUUGGGUAGGACCUCCACCAGCAAACGGAGUGAUGAAUGUAGACGAAUGUACUGAAUUCCAUAGACUCUGGAGUGCCUUACAGUUUGUGUACUGCAUUCCAGUUGGAGAAACAGAAUUUACAGUGGAAGAACUCUUCGGGGAAGGUUUACACUGGGCUGGAUGUGCUAUGAUAGUCCUUCUGGGUCAACAAAGAAGAUUUGAAGCUUUAGAUUUCUGCUACCAUAUUUUACGAGUUCAGCGUGUAGAUGGGAAGGAUGAAAAUGUCAAGGGCAUUCACUUGAAGAGAAUGGUGGAUCGAAUAAGACGGUUUCAAGUAUUGAACUCCCAAAUUUUUGCAGUGCUAAAUAAGUACCUUAAGAGUGGUGAUAGCGAUGCAACCAGUGUAGAACAUGUCCGAUGCUUUCCACCACCGAUACAUCCAUCCCUUGCACAUACCCAGCAACAUUAUCAUGCCCCAGAAUAUUUACGCCAGAUGAAUCACCAGUAAUAUAACGUCUGAAUGAUAUAA